UGUACGCGUGAGCGCACAUACAUUUCUAUGUUCUUAUAUUUCAAACUGACAUCUGCAUGAAAUAGAUUUUAACAGAUAGAUUUUUCUUGAAGAUUUUAACAAUACUAGAUGAAAGCACGAAAAAAAAAAACACGAUUAAAGCUAUUUUCAUCCCUGAUCAAGUGAAUUAGCGUGGAAUGCAUUACAAACUGCCUUUGUUCCAUAGGCACAGUAUCUGUAAAGUUGAUAAUAUUAUAAAGCAAUUUUUUAUUUAUUUUGACGUAUAUCUGUGUGACACUGAACUAUAAUAAUCAUUAUUAUAAUAAACACAAAGUACAAAUUGGUAUAUUAUCGUUUAGUUACUCGGUGAAAUUAGUUUAAUCAUAAUAAUUUUGUAUUUGCUUUCGAAUAAAUUUCAUAAAAAUAAAACAGUGGCAUAGUGUGCAACUGUGCGCUUAGCAAAACAUCACAUUUAAUUAGUUUUUAAUAAGUGAAAUUUUGUUACGCAUUUUAAACUGGAAAAGUUUUACGCUGUUUUUUUUACGUAUGUGAAAUUACUGCAUACGCGCACGAGAAUGUAUUAUAUACAUAUAUAUAUAUACACGAACGUAAAGUGAACACUUUGCAGUGAACAUAUAUAUGUUAUUAAUUUAUAGUUUAUACCCUGCUCGAAUCGGGUAUAUUUUUACAAUAGCAUUUUCGUGUACUUGUACGAUUUGAUUUCUUCUUUUGGUUUCUAGCGGACGAGUUCCUACUAGAUUAAAUUAACUGGGGUAUCGGAGUGAGAUUAGAUAACGAAUAUCUCUCUACCCCAGCUGGGUACAUUCGGACAUUAGCUUGUAGUACAUACUAGUUAUUCUUUUCUUUCAUUCGUCAGUCUUUAACGUUGCGAAUACUGCAGAUAUUUAUCUAUUGAUAUACAACGUUGUCGAGUCUCCAAAGAGUGUUUCUUUCAACGGCAGAUCGCACAGCCAAAACGUAACAGUGGAUCAUUUCAACAUGAAAGUACAAAUAUUACCAGCACUUCAAGAUAAUUACAUGUAUUUGAUUAUCGAUGAAGCAACACAGGAGGCUGCUGUUGUAGAUCCUGUCGAUCCAGAAGCCGUAACUGCAGCCGUCCAACAAAAUAAUGUCAAAUUAACAAAGGUUUUAACUACACAUCAUCAUUGGGAUCAUGCUGGAGGAAACGCUAAAUUAUCGAAAAUUUUUGCUGAUCUUGCGAUAUAUGGCGGAGAUGAUAGAAUAGAAGCCAUUAAUCGUAAAAUUACGCACAACGCCACAUUCAAUAUUGGCAACUUAUCAGUCAAGUGUCUCGCAACGCCUUGCCAUACGCGUGGGCACAUUUGUUACUAUGUUACAGGAGGAGGAGAACAUCCACCAUCUGUGUUCACAGGAGACACACUCUUCGCUGGAGGCUGUGGACGAUUUUUUGAGGGUACUGCAGAUCAAAUGUACAAGGCACUCGUCGAAAUUUUAGGCUCUUUACCCGAAGAGACGAAGGUGUAUUGUGGACACGAGUAUACAGCCAAUAACCUUAAGUUUGGUUUACAUGUGGAACCUGAGAAUGUGGCGAUACAAGAAAAAUUGGAUCGGGUGCAUACUCAACGUGCCAAUAAUCUUCCAACAGUGCCUAGCACCAUUACAGACGAAAAGCUGACAAAUCCGUUUAUGAGAGUGCAUGAACCAUCCGUUAUGAAACAUGCACAACAAAAUGAUCCCGUUCAAACGAUGUCGUACUUGAGGCGCGAAAAGGACAACUUUAAAGCUUAAUUCUUUCGACAAGACAAUUUCUUUUUUAUAUUUCCUUUUUACAUUGCAAUUGUUAACAUAAAUUUGAAAUGUAAAAGAUAUAAGAUGAUGGUAAUACGAUAAUUGAAACUUUA